AUGAUCAUCCUCAAUAACCUCAACAAGCAGCUGGCCGCAGUCACGUCAAUCCAUGCAGUCCGCAAUGCUCUGGACCGCAUCAAGCCGGAAGGUCUAUUCACCGACUCCGUAUCUCCCGAACGUAUCCGCCAGGGUCAAGCAUUCCUGCGCUGCCUGGGUCUGCACGAAGUGGCAGAGUGGUUGACUGAAUACAUGGGAGUCAGCAACACAUGGUACGACGACGCAACUCUGUAUUUUAUCAAAAUCAAUGGGCGACUGCUGAGCGGGGAUAUACUAGCUGAAGUAGCCGGUGAGGUGUUGGGAAGCAUCUGGAAAGAGGAGCAAGAAAGGACGAACAGCAUCGAGAAGGCCAGAAGAGCAGAAGCAGGAAAAGUGUCGAUGCGACCGCCACCGCCUGGUCUGGUGAAUCCCUCAGUUUUGGAACUUCCACUUGCGCACAGAAGCGCUGGCAAUGACAAGGUCCUGACUGUCCAAGAGACGAAACAGGCGACAGGACGGCUUGCUGAAUUGGGUCUGCUGGUCCCGGUGUCAGGCCACUAUACGGUUAGUCUGAAUGGGGAAUCCGUGCAUUUAGAGGAGGGCCUGCAAGCGCGGCAAAUAUGGAAUCAGGAGCUGGAUGCUGUGCGACAGGCUCAAAGGCAAAGACAACAGCAACAAGCAAUGGCACCUCCACCUAGGCCGGCACCGAGGAGUAGAGUUAACCAGGAAGCUACACCAGCCGAAGAGCCAAAGUCUCCUAAUUCGCGAACGAACGAUCACUUGCUGUCCAUCGGCAUCGAUCUUUCCCUUCACAAACCACCACCGGUCGAGACAGGAUUACCCACCCUCGAAGCAAGAACCGCUGCAUUUCUGGCACUGCCAGCCAGCAAGGACCUACUUGACGCCAUGGACAAGGAAGAUCUUGCUAAGGAUGAGGAGGAAGUAACCCCCGCCCCCGGUUCACGAGGUGUCAGUGAGGCUCGUACCUUACGAAGUAACAGUGUGUACAGUUCUCGAUACCCCAGCGAGGCACCUCCCGGUGUGCCAGUCGCGACUACGAGAACAACCAGGGGGAAUCGACAAGCGAGCACCGUUCCUGCUAACCCUCCUCCUCGGUCUCCUAGGGCUGCGCCAGCCGCUACUGCCACUGCUAGAACCGCUAGAGGUAAUCGACAGGCGAGUAUCGCUCCUGCUGAUCCUCAGCAUCCUAGGGCGGCGCCAGCUGCUACUUCGACUGCUAGAACAACCAGAGGUAAUCGACAAGCGAGCACGGUUCCUGCCACCCCUCCUCCUCAGCCUUCUAGUGCGGCGCGUGGAGUAUCUCGGAGGCGGCAGGAAGAAGCAAGUACCUCUAGAGAAGGGGCUCCAGGGCAGCCCGUAGGGGAGAGAGCUCAGAAUGCCAGGGAGAGAAAGAAUCCUCGACAGCAAGUGAAGAACCCAACACCUGCGACGCAAACAGCACAGGAACAACCAAGGCAGGUACAAGUUCAUACAGAGGCAGGAGUGCCGAGUAGCACCCCUCACGAUGCUCUUACUGGAAGUGGAAGUGGAAGCUCCAGACCAGUCCCAAAAGCAGCGACGACCGUUCAAAGAGGAGAAGAGGCAAGACCAGUAGCAGCCGCAGUUGCAACUCCGUCUCCCGCGCCCGAAACUCCGGUUUCCAGUUCGCAAAAGAAGACAAGAAUUGUUCUCAAAGUCGGAGGUUGGCGAGUGGUCAGCCAAUCCCACAUCGCUUCUACGGAUAUUAAUACUGCUACUCCACGAACAGAGCCGUCAGUGGUGCACCCUACCAGUCCACCUACCCUUGGGCGGAACUUCACCGAACCUACUACGAGACGUCAUCGCGAUGCAUCACAAGAAAGAGGCGCUACUCGUGAAGCCCCGUCGCCCGGCAACUUCAAUCACUCAUUGCCGACACGCCGGACUCUUUUUGGAACAGCCCGGGAAGAGCAGCAUUCAUCGUAUCCGACUUCAGGGACACUGAGUGCGUCGAAUCGUAACCAAGGACGGGUUCCAACACCGCCUUUGGGGAUCUUUCGGCCUCCUCCGAGGAAUACUCGCCGUCAGGACCAGCGGCAAAUGCCUCCACCGGCCGGCUUGCCAAAUCGCGCUUUAACAGAAUCUGGAUCUCGUCGUCAAACAAGCUUGGUCCCUUCUGGUCCUUCACCGUCUGUCACCCCUGCGACGAUACCACCUGCCCAAGUAAUUUCUCCGCAAGUUCCCUCUCAGCCUGUAGCUAGCAGAGAAAGCCAACUGACCAUGCGCGGGAGAGCAACCGGAGAAGAGGGUAAUAGGCGCGCCAGUAGGAGCCGAACUCACGCCGAGGAACAAAGAGGAAUCGGUUCUUAA